GGCAGGCUGAGGCAACAGACUGCGGAAGAACGCUUCCAAGAUUGAAAUUUGAAGUCCCCCUCCCCAGGCUCGGAGAAGAAGAAUUGGAAUGAAAAUGAACCCUCUUAUGUGGCACAAAGUAGCUGGCGUUUCUGGGGUAGCUGCCCUCGCAAUGGGCACUUAUGGCGCCCACGCCUUUAAACCUAAAAACCCUGCUUACAACGAGGUGUGGAGGACAGCUUCAUUGUAUCAUUUAGUUCAUACUGCUGCCCUUGUAGCAGCUCCUAUGACCAAAUAUCCCAACUUGUUUGGAGGACUAUUAACUACUGGAAUUCUUGCAUUUUCCGGAACGUGUUAUACCGUUGCAUACUUGGAGGACCGGUCGUAUGCAAAGAUAGCUCCAUUUGGUGGCUUUGCAUUCAUUGCUGCUUGGGCGAGCUUGCUUUUCUGAUGGAAGUGGUUGCUUCAGAUCGACUCAGAACUUGUCUUCCAAGUUUCUGGCACCGUUUAUGUAAAGCUGGAUUUGAGCAAAACGCAUAUGCCAUCACCUCGACAGAUAACCAACCGAUAUAUAUGUGCUAUAUGGAGGAGAUGGGGAUAUUUUUCUUUCUGUCCUUGUUGAGGUAAUGCAUGAGGAACAACAGGAUGUUCUUGAUUGUUUGUAUGGUGAAACCAAUGCAGGUGGAUAAAUAUGGUUGUCUUGUUGGAUUUCUCUAGCUUACUGGUUGCAUAAUUGACCCUUGUGUUCUUCAUUUUUUUCUGCCUAUUUUUUUUUUCUUUUCUUUUCUUCUCCCU